CCUGGGACUGCCUGGGAGUAAACUAGGUUGCUCAGGUUGCUCUAGAUAUUAUACCACACAAAGAAAUCAAUCUUUUCAUCGCUCAUAAAAUAUUUCUCGCUGAAGUGACUGUGAACCUCUACAUAAACUUAUAAAUCUUAAAUUAAUUAUUAUCACAUAACAUUUAACAUCAGUUAUUAAUUAUUAUAUUAAUUUAUUGUAGACUUUUUAUUUAUUGAUUUUUAAUUCCAAUGCAACCUCUUAUUUCACCCAUUGUGUUGGAUACGGCGACAAGUAAUCAUUAAGGGAGGCUAUAAAAAAGGCAUAUAUAAUAUCAUACACCCCAUAGAAGUGGACUGCGAUGCCCAAUAAUACAAAAACGACGAAAAUGAGGCGUCGCCGAACCAGCGCAGAGCACGAGUCUCGUCACGGCUCGCAAAGAGUAGAAAAUGAAGAGCGGGAGAUGCCGGCCGAGGACACUCCUCUCCUUAACAGGUUUCCUCAAGUCACUCAUAUGGAGCGGAACCCCGUCACAACCGCUGUCGUCAGCUUGCUCCUCAUUAUAUUGAUAGCUGGAGUUAUCAUUGGAAUUUAUCUAUUGAUUUUACAGAAUAAUUCUGAAAAUAUACUGCCACCUGUUAGCAAUAGUCCUCUACGGAUUGUCAACCGAUCACAAUGGAGUCCCGGCGAACGAGCUACGUCUUCACUGCAACACUUCACGGCGUCCUAUCUGAUUGUGGUGCAGACAGAUACUAAACGGUGCGAUACGAUUGAUUCUUGUAGCGCAAUGCUGCGUACGCUGCAGAAAAAACGACGGGAACCAUUGCCAUACAACUUCCUGUUGUCGUCGUCUGGUCACAUCUACGAGGGUCUUGGUUGGCAUUUACCAUCUAAUAUGUUCCCUGAGUAUAACAGAAAAGCUGUUGUCCUGGCAUAUAUAGGAAAUUAUACCAAAACUCCACUCAGUGGUGUUCAGAAGCAGCAGACCAAAACCUUCAUUGCAAUGGCGUUGAGUGAGCAGCACUUGGAUCCAUCUUUCAUUGUGUUCGGCAAGAAGACCAAAGAAGUUCCUAAGCUGCUGUUUCACAGCUUAGAAACACUUCCUCAGUGGAGUACUGAGCUGUCCGACACUUAAAUACAAUAUUGUUAUAUUACUGAUCUUAAACUUAGGAGAUAUUCUGUGUUUACUCGGAUGAUAUUAAUACUAUUUACACUGUACUGUAUAUCUUGUAUACAUAUAUAAUCGCUCUUCAUAUCUGAUUAUUAACGGCACGUACAAACCUUAUCUGUCUUAUUACCAAAAGAUCUGAUUUAAUACUAGCAAAGAACUAAGUCCCAAACUAGUUAUUAUUACAAAACGCAGAUUAUCUCUAAACUGUGAUUCUUUUAUGGUAUCUAUGGUGACCAUGUUGAACGAUUUAACUCUAGUAUUAAGUAAUGCUCUGUUAGAUCUCCGUUUUGUAAUAAUAUUAGGUUUAAUCCAAUUAUUAACUACAGGAUUGACUUAAACUUAGUCGAAUUAAAUCAAAUUUUGUCCGAUUUUUGACAACCUUUUUGUAAUAAGAAAAAUAAGCAGUGAUUUCUAAUGUAGCGUCCGUGAAAUGCAUUUUGAAAUAUUUAAUUCAAGUAUUUUAUCCAUAUAUAACCACCUCUAAUAGAUAAGACAAAAAUUAUCCAAAUCUUUUUUUCCUUUGGUAAGAUUGGAACUCCGGAUUAUUGGGAUAUAAAAGCCGAGACGUAAAUGGAAGUAAUAUGCAUGACUGUUUCUUAUUAUGUAAGUUUAAUAUACAAAUAUAAUACAGCUUGUAGUUUAUAUAGAUAAUAUUAUUAUAUAUAUAAAUUACAACCUGACUAACUGUAUCACGAUUGAUUUAACGCGACUAUUCUUAACUCUUUUUUACUGUUUUGCAGUUUUUCUUUAAACUGUUAUCUUAAUUUGAUAGUUACAAUUAAGAGAUAAUAUUAGUUAAAAUUUAUAAAUAAUGGGCUUACGUUUCGAUUAUUUUAUGAUAUAUAAAUAUUACAUUAAGUAUGUUUGUUUAAAUUAAAUGUACUGUGAAGUCGCUAGCGAUUACGAGGGAGCUAGAAUUGAUUCCUGAUACUCUAAUCUAAUAUAUACUUUGAGCGAGGGGGAGGAACUCAACAAAGUGUGACUUUGUGUUCCAAGGCGUGGAUAGUCUUCAAAAUUGAAUAACGUAAAAAUUUUAAAUAAUGUGUUAUUUACAAAUAUAACACGGAAUUGGAACAAUGAAUAAAACUUAAGGUUCAAAUUGUUUUGUUAACGAGUUUACACUCGGUUUACUAGUGUUAAAAUGCAAAUGAUGUGAUACUGGAGAGAGGCUCUGAGCUUCAGCACUGAAAAGAACGGAGGUAGGGGUUAAAAUUCAUAAAGUUCAUGUGAUAUAAUUUAUAGUUCACCCCUUAUUUUAUAUACCUGAUUGAAACCAAAUAUUUACGCUAUAAGCUUUUAGUUGUAAAGACUGCUCAGAAUUAUUAUGUUGUUAAGUUAAUUAAAAUUUAUCAUACUAUGCGCUUAUCCUAAAGUGUUUUGCCAUUAUAUUAUUUUCAACUUAGUCAUUGAUAUUAUAUUAGAAUAAUAAUUAGAUAUAACUUCGGUGGUAAUGUUAACAUUGUGAUUACAUUUGUGUCAAAUUAUUAACUGUCUAAAAUAACAUAUCACAUGGAAUCUAAACUAAGUAAUGAAUAAGCACAGUACUUCAGAUUUAUGGAGAUACAUACAAUAUCUGCUACACUCACACUAUGUACAAUCUUUUAAUAUUAUUAUGUAGUGAAAUCAACGUUUUUGCGUUUGUAGUAUGUUGUCAGUAGUUAAAUAAAUACACAAAUGACUAGCGCAAACUAGUGUAUUUCUGUUUUAUUGACUGCCUGUAUCAUGACUAUAAAAGCAAAAAGGUCUUUAAGCUGAUUUUCAUGUAUGUUAGUUUUACUUGCAGCAAUUACGAUUACAUAAUAAACAAUUUAUCAGUAAUAAAUAAUAUGAAUGAUAUGCAAUUAGCGUUUAGUAAUAUAUGUGGAGUUGUGUUGAUAAAGAUUAGUGCAAUAUGCUUACAUAUACUUCUACAUUCCAUAUGUAGUCCGGUUGAAAAAUUAAUGGUUAUUGCAAAUAAGUGGCAUUUCUGGACUCGUAUACAAGUAUAGUCAGUGCUGGGUUAACA